AUGAUGCUGCUAAGUUGGAACUGUCGGGGGCUUGGAAACUCCCGGACAAUUCGUACCCUCACCAAUUUGGUGAGAAAUAAGAAGCCCCAUUUUGUUUUCCUCAUGGAAACCAAGAUGAUGAAGCAUAAAAUGGAGUUUUUGAGAAACAAACUUGGGUUUGAUAGUUUGUUUGCUGUUGAUUGUAAGGGUCGGAGUGGGGGCCUUAUUUUGCUGUGGAAUUCGGAUGUGCAGUUGGAAAUUCAUAAUUAUAGUCGCCGACACAUUAAUGCUAUGAUUCAGAAUCAAAAUAAAGCAUAUACUUGGAAAUUAAGAUGUUUCUAUGGGCACCCAGAAGUAGGGAAAAGGGAGGAAGGAUGGAAUAUUCUCCGUUGUGUAUCACAGAUGGCUCUAAGUCCUUGGAUGUGUGUUGGGGAUUUUAACGAAAUUCUAACAAACUCAGAAAAAUCUAGCAACAUUGUCCGACCUCGGAGCCAAAUGAAGGCUUUUCAAUCGGCUUUGGAGGAUUGUAGCAUAGCAGACUUGGGAUUCCAUGGUCCCAAGUUUACUUGGUGUAACGGGAGAUUUGGUGGGGAGUUUACUCGUGAACACUUGGAUAGGGCAGUAUCUAAUGUGGAGUGGAAUCGAAUUUUCGAUACUGUUGAAGUAGAAGUGUUAGCACGAAUCUCAUCAGACCAUCACCCGCUAUUGGUACAUUUCUCCAAUUCUCAGGAAAUUCAUUGGACUAAGUACAUAACUUUCAGAUUUGAAGCCAGUUGGACUAAAAAGUCGGACUAUGCUCCUAUCAUGAAGAAGGCUUGGCAAGUAAAGCAGAGGGCUACAGAACCAUGGGUGCGAAAGUCAGAGAACAAUUUAACUGUGUAG